CAGUUAUCUCUUUGAUGAUUUUAAAUGUUUUCUUAGAGUGGGAUUUCUUAAAGAGUAAUUCCUCUGCAGACAUCUUUCUUAUUGUCUGUUGCCAUUGCAACAGCUGCAGACAGAACAAGAUGUAAUUUUUUUUCUUGGUCUUUUUAAAACUGGUGCUGUUUCAUUUAGUAUAUGUGUGCAUUCAUGGAUUACACCAAGUAGAAAAGAUAGGUUUAUAGUUGCUUGUUGUUUCUUUGUGACAUUGGAAUUUCUUAUUCUCUAGUCUGUGAUUCAGGGUUGUUUUAGGUCUCCUGUACUCCCCUACCCACUCUGUGAGUUCAUCCACUUCAUCAGUCAAGCUUGAUGUGCUAUUAUCAGGCAUGACUGGAUAAAUGAGAUUAUCAUUCUGAUUUCUCUUGUAUAUAUCAGUGCGUACAGCUGCUUGGCCUUGGGGCCUCUAAUCACCACUCUUUAGCAGUGCUUAUCAGUGUGUUGGUGACUCAGGAUUUCUGUUCAUAUUGAGGGUCGUCAUCUUUGUUGUCACCUGACCUACACUGUGUUCAGUGCACUAAAACAUAGGGCCAGAGCGCCUCUGUUUCUGAAUACCUGGAGUUUCCUUUGUAUUGCCUGAAAAAAAAUGCAUACUGGAUCUCUUGCCUUUUCAAGUGCUUAACUUUUUCCUGGAUUCUGAUUUUUUUUUUUAUGUUUGCUUCGGUAUUCUUUUUCUGCCAUAACUCUUUACAGCAUUCAGGAGCUCAUCCCGGCCUUCUCAACUGGCAGUGCAUUAGUAUGACUGGAUCCUCCAUGGUGCUUUUUGGCCAACACCAGAUGGAUGGCUAGCUGGAGUUGCUAGACAAUCCCUCUGUGGUGCUAGACUUGUGUAGGCGACUGUUCCUCUGCCAUGCAUCCAGCGCCCACUACAAUCUUGAGCACUGUUACUUCAGGCCUGGUUAGUAAUUGAAAUGUUGUUGUGAAAAAAAAAGGAAUAAAAUCAGGUGAUGGUUGGGGAUCACUGAAACUAUGGUGAUAAAUUUUAAACUUUGUCUCAUAAAUCGGCUGUUUCAAAGGUCAGUGCAUUACACGUAUGGAUAGUGCCUCACGAGUUGUGCCAGUUGGACUGUAGGUGUAGCAUUUCCUCCUCCUGAGGUCUAACUGUUGCAGACUGCAUUAUUGUUCUGGUUUAAGGAGACUGUUAAUGCAAACAGACUGUUUGUCUUUUUCGGUUGGACUAUGCAGAACAUGAGAUGUUUAAAAAGGUGUCUGUGCACUGGAAGUUUUGCCUUAGAUUAGGAAUGAACAUGAUCCUGGCUUUUCUCUUGUUAAAAGCAUCUGCAUCAACACUCUUUUCUCAGGAAAUCUGGGCUUGCUAUUUGAAUAGGAUUGAGCUAUAGUAAGUUGAUGCAGAGUGCAUUGGGUUCUUGUUAAACCCCGUUGAGCCUCCAUUCAGGGAACCCUAAGUGAGGAAGGCCAAAACUGACCAGUCAGGUCUCAUCAUCAUCAUCUCAAAGAGUCUGCCGGUAUCAUCCAGUGACCUACAUUCUACAGUGUUACAUCACCGCCGUGCUACUGCAGUGUGUGUCAGUGUACCAGACACAGGCAGUAUCUCAGACUCAGUAUACCACUAUCAAAUGGUGCUUCAGAAAACAAAAAUAACGAAUCCUAACCUAGGAGGGCAGUUUUUUCGGGGAACACACUUGAAUCCAUAACCUCAGCCAGGAAUUGGCUCAGCUCUGCCAAUGCAGUCUUAAAAAAACAACUUCUUUGUUAGUUUUUGUAAAGCCACCAUGUCUAGCCUCUAACCAUCCAGGAUCCUUACGUUAAAGAGGCUAAAGGGCAAGGUUUGACUUUAAUAUAUCAAAACAAGGGACUGUUAAACUAGGCAGCCUGGAGAACGGGCGAGCAAUCGAGGGAGGGGGUGAGGGGGAGCGAGAGAUCAUCUGGAAACGGAGAGAGGAAGUGGUGGCACGGGAGAGGGCGGAGGCGUUGGAGAGACAGAGGUUGGCAGAGUACAUCGUGUGGAGAAAGAGAGAGGACUUCCAAGAUAAGAAAGGAGACAGAGAGAAGGGAGGAAGGGGCUCAGAGAAAGGAAAGGAGACUUCACAGGAAGUGAUUUGGAAGAGGAGAGAAGACGAAGAGGGGGAAGCUGGGAGGGAUCGAGCAAGGGCCAUUCAGAGAGGACAUGAAAGCAUUUGGAGGAAGAGGGAGAGGGAGUGAAAAGGGGAGCAGAUUUGCAUUUCUCUUCAAAAGUAGAUAUUCAGGAGACUGUACCUCUAGUUUGGUAAUAGAGGAACAUCAGUAAGCCUCCUCUGUCUCAUCUUUCGCUGCUCGCCAGGCGUUUGCUUUUCAAUCGGCCAGAUGAAGUUAUGCAUUAUGGGUGUAUUGCUGCCACUUAGUUUGUGGGCCAAGGUCUCCUAUAAACUUUUAGUAAGUUGGUUAUAGAAUUUGUACAUGUUGCUGUAAAGUUAAGCAACACAGCUGACAAAGGAAGCUAUUUCCCACACGUGCAUGUCAAAACACCGGUUUCAGAGACAGACAUUGUUGUUGAUUCUUCAUGGUGCUGGUCACAGCUCAGUAACAAGUGCUCACUGAGAGGAGAUGAAGCUGAGACAAGAUACUCAUAGGUAUCACUUUACACUGUGUCCGAACGCCAAGAGGAACACCCUGCGGUGAACUCGUCUUCAUCUAUUCAGGGGAACUGAGCAAACAAAAACUUUCUAACGAACUGAGGACAACAUGAGCUGUGCUGGUGCACUAAUAAACUAUUUUCAUCUGUAUUCCAACUUCAUCGCGGAGGCCUCGCUUCUCCAAUGCCCCGUCUACCAUCUUGCACUCAUCGUGGAUAAAGCCAAUUUUAAAGCAGUUUGUUUUUUGCUGCUUGGUAACGAGUGGAGGACAGACAAUCACACAGAUGGAUGCAAAGCUCUGGCAGUGAGAAAGGAGGACAGAUGGUUGCAUGUUCUAUUAGGAGGAAAUUUUAAAUUGUGAAACAAAUAGACUUUGAAUCGCUGUAGCCAGUGUGGACUUCAAAUCUCUGCGUAAUUAUGGAGCUUGUGCAGAAAACUAAGUACACCCACAUUCGGAGUGAGUCGUUGAGCUCAACCGACGAAACAAACUCCAACCCAUCAUCAUUCCCGCCUUCCAGCCCUGCCACCCCUCUGACUCCCUCCCCUGGUUUACCAUCUUCUCUCUCUUCCUCGUCUCUCACUCCCAUCUUGGCCCCCACUUCCCCCAGACCAGCUGAAAACAGCCCCACCACCCUCUGCUCUUUCUUUCCCAGUAUGAGAUCCCUCCGCCUGGGUGUCUCUGCUACUCUUCUCCCAGGACCAAGGACCACGAGCAGGUCUCAGCCGGCCCAGGCGCCUGUCGAGUCCUCUGGGGAUGACAGGAGCAAUUCCAGCUCCUCCCCUCCUCUUCAUCAACAUGUUGCCCUCCUAACUGUCCCCUGUCCCCCUCCCCGACCUCCUCUACAGGACAUGAACCGGCUUGCAGGGCCCUCCAGACGGGCACGGGUGGAAGGAGGUCAGCUGGGAGGAGAUGAAUGGACACGCCAUGGCUCUUUUGUCAACAAGCCCACCCGUGGCUGGCUGCAUUCAGACAAUGUGGUCAGCACCACUGGAGUUUCCUACACUGUACGGUACAUGGGUUGUGUGGAGGUGCUCCAGUCAAUGAGAGCUCUUGAUUUCAGCACCAGAACUCAGGUCACCAGGGAGGCUAUAGCUGUGGUUUGUGAGGCGGUACCUGGAGCCAAAGGAGCCCGCAGGAGAAAGCCUGCUUCUCGCUGCCUGACGUCCAUACUGGGGAAGAGUAACCUUCAGUUUGCAGGCAUGACAAUCAGCCUGACCAUCUCGACCAGCAGCCUCAAUCUACUGGCCUCUGACUGCAAACAGAUUAUCGCCAACCAUCACAUGCAGUCCAUCUCUUUUGCUUCUGGAGGAGAUCCAGAUACAGCUGAGUAUGUAGCAUAUGUGGCCAAAGAUCCAGUCAACCAGAGGGCGUGUCACAUCCUGGAGUGCUCUGAGGGCUUGGCACAGGAAGUCAUCAGCACUAUCGGCCAGGCCUUUGAGCUGCGUUUCAAACAGUACCUUAAGAACCCCCCCAAGCUGGUCACACCUCAUGACAGAAUGGCUCCGUUUGAUGGCUCUGCAUGGGAGGAAGAAGAUGAUGAUGCUGUUCCACCUCCUCCUCCUUCUUCUGAGGUUCCCUACUAUAAUAACUUUCCUGAUAAGCAGCCUCCCCCUGGUGGCCUGAUUGACAUGAGGACCCGUCCAGGAGCAACACUGCCCUACGGGCAGCCAGGUCACAGCGACAUUCACAAACAGCCUGUGCCUCCUCUACCUGUCGGGGCCAAAGAAGGGGUUCGAGAGCUGUUUGAUGACCCAUCAUAUGUGAAUGUUGAGAAACACCGACCUCCUGUUGCUGCUAAUGGAAAUACUCACAGAGAUGCUUUUGACAUGAAACCGCUUGAUGAUGCCCUGGGAGUCUCUGGACCCGGUGGGCCAAUGUCAGUGGUGGUACCGCCCUCACUGGUGCAGCAGUUGCAGAACGAAACCUGGUUCCACGGGAGCCUGAGUCGCAGAGAAGCAGAGAGACUUUUGACCCGAGACGGAGACUUCCUGGUGAGGGAGUCUGGGACCACACCCGGACAGUACGUCCUUACGGGACAGCAGGGGGGUCAGCCCAAACACCUGCUUCUUGUGGACCCAGAAGGAGUGGUGCGCACCAAAGACCACAGGUUUGGAAGCGUCAGCCACCUGAUCAGCUAUCACAUGGACAACAGACUUCCCAUCGUAUCAGCCGGCAGCGAAGUGUUCUUGCAGCAGCCGGUGGAGCGCAGGGCAUGAAGCUACACACACCAAUGAAAUACUCCACCAAAAAUAGACGCUCACUUUCUCUGCCGAUCCACACAACACACUCCCAAAAUCAUAAUGCUUUAAUACACACAACAACACUACACAUAGCACUCCAACGCAGCAUCAUACAAUAAGAGACAAGCCAAAAAAAAAAAAAAAAGAGAGUAAAUCAAGUUAUUACUGUAGCCACUUCUUCCGGCAAACAGAAGUCUAUAUAAACCAUAAUUCACUCGUUCAUCUGAUGCAGAGAGGCACUGCAGCAUAUUCCAUCCUACUGUGAAGCAGGAAGGAGCCCUUUACUAAGAAUCACAGCAGGGCAGAAAACAGAUGCAAUUCUUUUUUUUAUAUUCUAUUAAUAGGAAAAGAAACAGAACUGCUUAUCAAUGGUUGGAAUUGGGAUCUAAAAUUGAUGAACUCUGGAGGAACAUGACCAGACUUUGGACUGAGAUCUUUAGUGUGGUGAACUCGAGUGGGAAGCAGUCCGUCCUCUCUCAGCUUUGCUGGAGAUAAAGCAAAAUGCUGAUGGUUUCAGAGACUUAUCUCAGACUCGCCCUUCAAGUCUCACUGGAGAAAAAGUAAAUCUGAGUAGAUUCUAGCAGGUGAAUAUGCAUACAUGUGUCUGCAUGCUAUCUUAUCAGGAGCGCCGCCCCACCUUCACUCCUGUUUUAGGACUAUGGACCUUGGAGGAAAGCCUGUUUGCAAAAGCUAUGCUAAAGACCAUCAUAUCCUUUAUUCUGUUUUGUUGUUUAAGUAUUUUGUUGUGUUAUCAUGAGUCAAAUCACUUACUGGACAUUUGGAGUGCAGUAAGGUCAACAUGGCUGUAUCUUCAGAAUCCUUUUGCACACACAUGCAUAUGUAUAUACUAACAUUUACACACCAUACACACUCAUGCCAUACCAAAGAUCAUCAACUUGGCUGCUGUUAGCAAAAAAGGAAGCCAGGAUUUUUAUCAGCAUUUAUGUCUAGGCAUGGGCCGGUAUUAGAUACUGAUGUCAUAAAAAAAAAAAACUUCAGCAAAAAUAGUUAAAGGUAAGUUAUUAACUCAAAACGUUAUUAACUUACUUAAUUAAAUUAUCAAAUUUUCUUUAUUUGAAAGAGAAACAAUUAUUUCUGCUGCUAAAACUACUCACAAAAAUAUUUCAGCCAGAUUUGAAGCUCUAUAUAAUUUUAUUACAUAACAAAUUCCCAUUUUACUUUUGUUAGAUGAUUUUAAUGCAAGCCUUUUAAAUAAACCUCACAUGAAGCAUGUUCAUUAGUUUAUUAUUGCUUACUUAUUUAAAUUACAUAAUUGCCAGAUUUAUGUUCUCAGAAUUAAGUAUACUUAAGGCCUGAACACACCUGUUGCGUAUAACUUUUUAAUUUCGAUCCAUUUUUUUUCCAUGUCUCUGACUGGGUUAGGCAGAUCUGUGCACUUUUUUCACUUCUGUCUGUGUCACACAAAUUAAAACAAUUUCCCACAUUUGACUUGGACAGAUUAUGAAAAUUUAUUUAAAAAAAAAAAAACAUACCAGGGAUUCUAUAAAGCAAAGCCCCACUUAACGAGUCUUUGCAGCAUCUCAAACCAGCUCAGAUAGAGAAUGUUAAUAUGCCUAUAUUAAAAAACCUAAUGAGAUCAAUGUCUAAGAAGAAGAAAAAUACACAGCAAUAACUGCUGUGGGUCGAUUUAUAUGCUGACUGAGGCAGAGAGGUGAUUCUCAGAGAGAUCGGGGAAGUUUAUCUGAGUUUUUCUCUCUUUUUUUUUUUUUCAUAAAGGGUUUAGAGUUAAACUGUGCUUUCCCUGCUCUGUCUGCCCCUCAUUCUUUUGUUUGAGGCUCAAAGGGGAUCUAUUUAACUAUAUCCCUUUUUUUUUUUUUUACAACUUCUCUUGAAGUUGUUUUAUUUCGAGGAGUGAUAAACUGCAAUUUCUGUCCCCCGUCGUUUUGCAAGGCUCAAAGAUGAUCAGCAAUAAACAACAAAACAAUAGCAAAUUUACAUUUUAAUGUUUUAUAUAAUAAAAUUAGAUAGUUCUUAAUAUGUGGGUGAAAUAUUUGUGAGUGUACAUUUUAAAAUUUUUGGAUAAAAGUGAUUUAAAACAUUUUUACUAAGAUAAGGAAAACUGUAAGCCAGGUGAACCACUGUAGGCAACAGAAAAGGCUUUUGAUGCUCUGUACUUCAUUCAUUUAAAACAAAUUUAAAGAAAUUACAGGUGCAGGAACAGCAUAAUAGGGAAAAAGGGCAAAUGAGAGGGCUUGAAAAUAUACUUAAAUAAAAUUUAUUUCUCCCAGUCAUGUAAACAUGAAUUAUCUGCAUCUAAUUAUUUUUCUUUCUUUCUUUUUUUUAAGUCAGCUGGCCAGCUAAUCGCAGCAACGGUCUGAGCAGUGUUUUGUCUCUCCGUGCUCCUAAAGCCACUUCAAAGGUGGGGAGAGGGGGGAAAUUAAACUAGAUUACAUUAAAAGCAUGUCGUACUGUAAAA